UUCUUGGAAAAAUGAUUUAGGGCAGCCAAAAAAAAAAAAAGGGGACAGAUGAUGAGAUGCUGAAGGAGAGGAGCUAUUUCUUUCACAUCCAGUAGAAUGCAAUACUGUAAGAUAACAGAACUCCUCAAUCUCAUCCAGCUACUUUCUCUUCAGAGUUCUUUAAUUAGUUUAUCAUCUGACACAAUAAACAAUUUCAAAGCCUGGUGCUCCUGCCAUGUUCCUAGAGAGGAAGAUAACAUAAAUCUGAUUGUUAGAAUGAUGAUUAUAGAACAUUACAUUUUGGAUGAGUGUUAUGACCGAAAGAUGCAAUCCAUUCUUGUGAGUCCUUGUAGCUCUCAGCAAUUAACUGGGAAGACAACUUCAAAAAAACCAAGGGGAAGGAAACAUAGAAAGUCUCAUAAUUCUCAAAGAUCCUCAGUUCAAGAUUAUGCUCCUUCAAGUUCAACACAAGCUACCCAAUUUGGGUUCAUGGGUUACACCUCAAUUCAAACUCAUGCAAUGACAACAUUUCAUCAAACCCCAUAUCAUACGUUUCCACCACAACCAGUAAACACUUUUGUGCCUAUAUAUUGGCCUCCACCAACUGCAUUUUCUCCUAGCCCUUAUCCAACUGCAGAUGGUUAUCAAUCUUAUCCACCUAGUGCAAACUGCAUCUCCAUCCAUCCACAGCCUUAUUACAACCAACCCUCCUCCAUUGGUCUAAUUCCAAAGCUAGUAGAAGGAGGCGGGAAGGGUGAUGUGGACUUGGAGGAAGCUGAUAGCGACUCAGAGAGCAGUUCAAGCAGUGCAGAAGCAAAGCAGACAUUAGAAAGCUGAAAGUAAUGACCAGUUGUGUAUACACCUUAAUUUCAGAACACCCAUCUUUGGCUCCUCCAAUAUUUAUUGAGUGCAUAAAUGUGCAUACAUCUAGAAUUUGCUUCGACAAGGGAGUCUUGUCCCUUUUGUUUUUCCCCUUUCUUUAUCAAUCUCUGUGUUUAUCUGGUUGUGCAACAUAUAAGUUCUGCUAUUUACUUUUGUUUAUUUAUUUAUUCUGCUUCUGAUGACACCAAGAGCCCCUUAUUCAUGAUUUUA